CGCCAACGACAACGAAGGCCCAAGGCCCUCUAUCUCACCGUCAUGAGUGUUGCUUCUUUGCUUGCGACAACGUCGGCUACUGCACUCUCUGCACUCAACACGUCCAGCUCAAUCCCUGCCAAUUACUCAUUUAACAUCUCGUUCAAUCUGUCACUUGGCUCCCUCUUGACCGCAUUGCCCUCUCGCAUUAUUCAUAACCUUCGUCGUCUGGAACAAAUUAAUACAGAACAGACUAUACGUCUUCAGGAAGAGCUCUCUCGCGCCCGGGUUGAGAGGCAGGUGGCCGCUGGUGCCGAUCCCGGCACGUACAUGCAUCCUCCAGGUCACCCUUGGGCCUUCCUUGCGUCGGGGUAUGUCAUCAGUCUAUUUAUCAUGGCACUUCUGGUCAACCGGAUACAACAUAUCGUCGUUCCCUCGCAAAAUCGUCCGUCUCUACACAGACCACAUCACUCCUCUCGCAUCAACUUCCGUAAUCCCAUGUCGAUCCUUCGUUCUCUCAGGUCAUUAAUAUUCCCCGUCGAUCUUUCCUCCAAACUCUCGCGUUUCGUGUUCCGUAUACCCACCCUCCUACUUUUGGGGCGCUCAAUAUUUCUCUGGAGCAUCAUCUUACUGCAGACCUCCGGCUGGUUCCCCAGUGACAGUCAAUGGGAAUGGGUGCAGGCUCUUGAUGAUUGGGGUGCUCAACGGGAGAUGCAACACAUCUGCUGGGACACCUUCUGCGCUGUUUGUGCCACGCUGGGCGUUAGCUCUCUGACCAGGGGGCUAGAGGGGCUCGGCGCAGAUGGAAACUCGCCGUUCAAUCUUUUAGGCUACGCAUUUCUUCUACAUCUUUACUCCUCACCACUCACGCAUACGAUCAAACUCGAGAACCUCCCCUCCCGGCCGGACAUGCACGUCAUCAUAUCUAUUCUACUUCCACUCCUUCAACUCACCACAAUACACGCACUCGGCAUUUCGCCCCGUCUGUCCUCGCACCGGCUCGUUCCAACCACGGUCUUCACUCUCCUGACCCUCCUUCACUUCAACACUGUGAUAUUCUUCACUUCCUCAAACUAUCCGCUUAUCAACUACACAUCCUGCGUAUUCGAGAGCAUGCUGCUCGGCGUGACGGUCAUGGCGUUCGGAUUGAACGCGAUCACGCAGCUGUUGUUAGAAGGCGAGGUCCGUAGAUGGGGGCUUUUUGGGCGAAGGGACGUCAUGGGCGACGGAGGCGGAAGAUACUGGGAGGAAGAUUUCGGUGUCGUACUCCUCCGACUCGGAAAAGCCUGUGUCGAAAUCACAGCCAUGGAAGGUCUUGGUAACGAAGUCGGGUCCGUCAACCUCUCACCCUCUAAACCGCGUUCCCGCUCCCGCUUUUCCGCACUCGCCGCCCCUCCUGCGACCGAAUACGGAGAAGUAUCUCUGAGUAGAGCUGGGGCGACUCUAGUCAGCCAUACAAGGUUGAUGGCACGGACGCAGGAGGGCCAGGUAAGGGUGAGAAGUAGAAAGGUUGGGUUUGAGAAUGAGGUAAGGGCGGUCAGAGCCGGGAGGAAGAGUAACAGUAGAGUUGGGAGUGGGGCUGAUGGGGUCACGACGAGGUUUUGGGUUUAUUGGGGUUUAAGGAGGGAGUUUGGGAGGUUAGGAAGGGAGUGGGUUGGUGCGUUCGGGAGGAUCGCGAGGAAGGUUUGGGGACGGGUUAUGGGAGCUGCGUUUGGGGACGGAAGUCCACGCAGGUACACACGCGCCAGAGGGGAAGAUGCCCAGGAUAUCACACCUGUUUCAGUGGACGGCUCUGACGAAGAGGAGAUAUUCGAAGAUGAGGACUAUGGGAGAUUUCUGGCCGGAGAAAUGCUUUCGGACGACGAAGACGAAGAGUACGUUCCGCGAGGCUCUGUACCGCCGGACUUUUCGUCUUCUGAGGACGAGGAAGGACCUACCGAGCCUGGUUCGGAGACCGCAGGUCUCUAUGCAGACCUGUCUUCCUCCACCGGGAUAACGCCCCAUUUACUGGCGCACGUCACCAGUGAGGGAGGCUCGCCAUUGACGCGGAGACGGUAUCAGAGUGUGGUGUUCCCGCCUACCACAGACAUUAUUCACGCUGCUAGAGAGAGUACUGUGGAGGUGGAAGAUAGGAACUGGAAUGAGUUCGUAGAUGAUAUGCGAGUAGCAGCCGGCCCUCCGAGGGACGAUAGCGACGAUGAACGCAGGCGGUACUGUGUCAUCUGCACGGUGGAGGAAAGGCAGAUUAUUUGCUGGCCUUGUCGAUGUCUAGCUCUUUGCAACGAGUGUAGGGAGAACCUUGCCUCUCGCUUCGCUCCUUCGGAACAUUCUUGUCCUUGCUGCAGACAACCCGUGGAGGGGUUCUCCAGGAUCUACAUCCCUUAGUCUGUCUUACCUCGAACACGGCGGUCAGUCGAAUUGCUAUUUAUUUCGAGUACCGGCGUGUGAAACGGAUGGAUCAGGCUUGCUUGACCGCUAGGCCGUGCUUUGUAAUAUAUUUAUUGUACUUGCUAUGAGUUGUUUU